CCGUUUGUGCAUGUGUCCGUGUCCGUGUGUCUGUCUCUGCGCUCCUGCCCCUCCCGCCCAUCGCCACCGCAGUCCCCGCUGGGCGCACUUGGGCUCAGGAGCCGGGCACCAGGCACCACUUCGGGUGGUGCUGUGUUUGUGCAGGCUACGGAUUGGAUUUCUAGCAAGCUUCCCACCACGGAGAACAGACAAGCUGAUGUGAGAAGGGAGAUAUGGAUAUGUCCAUGACGGGGAGAUGCCGUGUGUCCCAUCUCUUGGUUCUUCUCAUGUUCACAUUCAGCAAGGAGAGAAUCGAGGCACAAAGAGCAGGUUGCAAGAGUGUUCACUAUGACCUUGUCUUCCUCUUGGAUGCCUCCUCCAGCGUCGGAAAAGAAGAUUUUGAGAAAGUUCGUCAGUGGGUGUCUAAUUUGGUGGAAACUUUUGAGAUUGGCCCAGACAAAACCCGUGUGGGUGUGGUGCGAUACAGUGAUCAUCCGACCACGGAGUUUGACCUGGGGAAGUACAAAACCCGUGAGGAAAUCAAAGAGGCUGCACGAAAAAUUCAGUAUUAUGGGGGUAACACGAACACUGGAGAUGCUCUCAGGUACAUCACCACCUACAGUUUUUCCAGAGAAGCUGGUGGGAGACUUAGUGACCGAACUGUUAAAAAAGUGGCCAUCCUUUUAACUGAUGGAAGGAGCCAGGAUUUUGUCUUAGAUCCAGCCACUGCAGCACAUCAGGCUGGGAUUAGGAUCUUUGCUGUGGGUGUUGGAGAAGCCUUAAAAGAAGAACUUGAUGAGAUUGCUUCAGAGCCCAAGUCUGCUCAUGUGUUUCAUGUCUCUGAUUACAAUGCCAUUGAUAAAAUUCGGGGGAAGCUGAGAAGACGUCUCUGUGAAAAUGUCCUGUGUCCAAAUGUCCAUGUGGAAGGAGAUCGAUUCAAACACACCAGUGGGGGGACUGAUGAGAUUCCAGGAUUUGACCUGAUGGAUUCGUUCAGUGUGAAGCAGAUUUUUGGAAUGAAAGAAAAUGGAAUUCAAAGUGCUUAUGUACGACUUGGAAGCUUUCCUGUUGUUCAGAAAACUGAGGAUGUAUUUCCACAAGGUCUGCCUGAUGAAUAUGCCUUUGUAACUACCUUCAAAUUCCGAAAGGCUUCCAGGAAAGAAGACUGGUAUAUUUGGCAGAUUAUUGACAAGUACGGCAUACCACAGGUCUCGAUCCGCCUGGAUGGAGAGAACAAAGCUCUGGAGUACAACGCUGUGGGGCUCACCAAGGACGCCGUCAGGGUGGUCUUCAGAAACACACGAGUCAGUGACCUGUUCGACCGCAACUGGCACAAAAUUGCCCUCAGCAUCCAGUCGAAGGCUGUCUCGCUUUACAUAGACUGCAAACUGGUGCAGGUGCUGCCUAUUGAAGACAGGGAAAACAUUGACAUUCAAGGAAAGACUGUGAUUGGCAAACGCUUGUAUGACAGUGUCCCCAUUGAUUUUGAUCUUCAGCGGAUGGUUAUUUACUGUGAUUCCCGGCAUGCUGAGCUGGAGACGUGCUGCGACAUUCCCUCUGGACCGUGCCAGGUCACGGUCCUGACGGAAGCACCUCCCCUGGAAGUGAAGCCCACUGUUGGCAGUGAGCAAGUUGGCCACCUCAAGACAUUCAACUGCUCCUGUCUUGCUGGACAGAAGGGGGAGAGGGGUCUAAUUGGCCCUGAAGGUCCUAAAGGUCAAAAGGGAGAAAGAGGCACCCCGGGGUUUCCUGGACUCAGAGGAGAAAAAGGAGAGUCGGGCAAAGCCUAUGGCAUAGGAGAAAAAGGAGAAAAGGGUGAAGAAGGGCUCCCUGGCUUUCCUGGGCUGAAAGGGGAUAAAGGAGAAAAAGGCUCCAUGGGCUCACCUGGCCCCCCUGGGAGGGAUGGAGCAAAAGGAGAAGCCGGUGAACCUGGAAGGCCAGGAGCAUUUGGACUGCCUGGGCCAGCAGGUCCAAAGGGAUCCGAGGGAAAACAGGGUCCUCCUGGAAUUAAAGGCUACGUAGGUGCACCGGGUCUACAAGGAGAAAGAGGAGAAAAGGGAACACGAGGAGACAAGGGAGAGAGAGGCCUGGAUGGGUUCCCUGGAAAGCCGGGUGUGGAGGGCAGACAGGGCCCUGCUGGCAGCCCCGGCCCUCCAGGUGCUAGUGGGACCAAAGGAGAAAAGGGUGAACCAGGACUUCCAGGAUUGCCUGGCACUUCAGUACCCAUUGAAGGCCUAAAAGGAGAGGAAGGAAAACCUGGGCCACGAGGACCACAAGGCCAACCUGGACUUCCUGGACCUCCAGGAGAGCCUGGUCUAGAAGGCAAGCCUGGAGUCCCUGGUUUACCAGGUCAAAGGGGUAAAAAGGGAGAACCAGGAUUCCCAGGAAUCAAUGGUCUGAUCGGCCCUCAGGGACCUCCAGGGCCCCCAGGCAGUGCUGGACCCCCUGGACCACCUGGAACACCGGGACUGCCAGGAGAAAUUGGAGUUUCUGGUAAAACGGGGCCACCGGGACCACCUGGGUUGCCUGGCAAAGAUGGACUCAAUGGGCUUCCUGGGCUUCCAGGCCAAAAGGGAGAACAAGGGGAAAAGGGUGAGGAAGGCUUUCCUGGAAAAGCUGGCCCUAAGGGUGAACCAGGGAGCCGUGGCCAGCCUGGCGAGCAGGGUGAAGCAGGACUUCCAGGUCGUCAGGGUUUACCUGGACUGAGGGGAGAAAAAGGAGACCAGGGAGAAAAAGGAGGAGAUGGUUUCCCAGGAAUGAAAGGUGAAAGGGGAGAAAAGGGUGACACGGGCUCCCCUGGACCACCAGGCUUACCUGGAACAACAGCCUUCUUCACCCCACACCCCAGGAUUCCUGGUGAACCUGGACCAAAGGGGGAGAAAGGAGAUCGAGGAACCAGUGGAGAACCUGGAUUACCCGGGGUCCCAGGAAAACAAGGUGCCCCAGGACCUGCAGGAGUCCAGGGUGCAAAGGGGGAAAAAGGAGCCCGAGGAGAAGCUGGAGCCCCUGGAGAGACUGGUGUGAGUGGACCAGCAGGGCCCCCAGGCCCAAGAGGCUUGCCAGGAAAUGUGGGUGUGCCUGGAGGCCCUGGACUGCCAGGGAAGGCAGGAGAAAAGGGGGAAAGGGGUGAUCCUGGAAAAGAAGGAAAAGUGGGCUUUCCUGGGCCACCUGGUGUGCCAGGGCCUGCUGGAGAGCCAGGUUUGCCUGGGAAGGGUAAAGAUGGAGCACCGGGGGAAAGAGGACCACCAGGCUUGCCAGGACCCUUUGGACAUAAGGGUGAAAGGGGAGCUCCUGGCCUCCCUGGACAGCCAGGAGACAGAGGUGUGCCAGGAAUCGGCCUGGCUGGACCUCCUGGCCCUGCAGGACCCCCAGGAGACAAAGGGUCACUGGGUCCCCGUGGUGUUCCUGGUAUCCCUGGACCACAGGGGCCUCCUGGGCAGGAUGGUCUACCUGGAAAUCCAGGGGAAAGAGGACCUCCUGGAAAACCUGGUUCCCCACCCCUGCUCUCUCCAGAGGACAUAAAUCUCCUAGUAAAGGAUGUGUGCAGUGAAUGCCCUCCUGGCCCACCAGGACUGCCAGGCAUCCCAGGUUUCAAAGGUGAUAAAGGUCUCCGAGGACCACCAGGUAGAGAUGGCCAGGAUGGGAAAAUGGGGGUUGCUGGUCCCAGAGGUCCUGCAGGCCCACCUGGGCUUGAUGGCCCAAAGGGUGCUAAAGGAGAUCGUGGUAUGACUGGGGAUGUAGGAGAAAAAGGUGAACAGGGCCACCCUGGAAUGCCUGGCUUCUCGGGGGCUCCUGGAAACCCUGGUCCACCUGGAUCAGAUGGGGCACCAGGACCAAUAGGACCAGUGGGAAAUCCAGGAGACAUAGGCAAAGAUGGUCCACCAGGUCCACAGGGCCCACCAGGGCUGCCUGGACUUCCAGGUAUUGCUGGGAAUGAUGGCAAAGAUGGCAAACCAGGAUCUCUUGGGGAACCGGGAAAGCCUGGAGAACCAGGGCUCCCAGGCCAGGAGGGUGCCAGAGGUUUACCGGGUUUCAAAGGGCAGAGAGGAGAUAUGGGUCCCCCAGGUCCCCGGGGGGAGCCAGGUGUGAUGGGUCCUGCUGGUCGUGAGGGGCCACCAGGGAAGGAUGGUGAUCCUGGUCCCAUAGGACCACAGGGCCCUCGAGGACUCCGAGGGCAGCCGGGCAAGAAUGGAUUGCCUGGAUCUGCAGGAGAACCUGGCCCAGCAGGUAUCCCAGGUCCCAAAGGAAAUAAAGGAGAAACAGGCAGCCCAGGACUCCCUGGCUUCAUAGGACCCCGAGGACCACCUGGAGAACCAGGAGAGAAGGGUCCUCCUGGAAAAGAGGGUGCACCAGGGAAACAUGGUGAAAUUGGCUCCAAAGGAGAGAGGGGUGAGCCUGGAAUCAAAGGUGAAAAAGGCCCUCAAGGAGAAAAGGGCCCUCCGGGUGAUCCUGGGAUACCUGGUCACAAGGGCCAUCCAGGACUGAUGGGUCCUCAUGGACCCCCAGGAGACACUGGGCAAGUUGGACCUCCCGGUCCUCCGGGACAGCCAGGAUUUCCAGGACCAAGGGGGGAACCCCCAUCUCUAGAGACUUUGAGAAGGCUCAUCCAAGAGGAGUUAUCCAAGCAGCUAGAUGCAAAGUUAACCUAUCUCCUGGCUCAGAUACAGCCUGCACAGGUAAAAGCAUCCCAUGGCAGACCAGGACCUCCUGGUCCCCCUGGGAAGGAAGGACUCCCAGGAAGAACUGGCCCUCCUGGAGAGCCUGGCCGGCCUGGACAGACUGGGUCUGAAGGGCCACCUGGACCAAUUGGUCCCAAAGGAGAAAGAGGAGCAAAGGGGGAUAAAGGAGACACUGGCAUUGGCCAACGAGGGGAAAUAGGUCCUCCAGGAAUUCCAGGCCUCCCAGGGGAGCCUGGUUAUGCCAAAGACGGGAUGCCAGGACCACCUGGCCCUCAAGGGGAAGCUGGUGUGCCCGGUCCCGCGGGAGCACAGGGGCCUCCGGGAGCCAAUGGACAGUGUGACCCCUCUCAGUGCGCUUACUAUGCAAGCCUGGCUGCCCGACCCAGCAAUGUCAAAGGGCCCUAGCACACAGGGAGCACCUGCAGACUUGUUUCAAAACUUGAAUUCAUCACACCUGCCAAGAGCUCUCAGAUGUCUUCAACUGUGUUUCUUUUGUGGGAGGCCUUCUAAAGCCAACAAAUGCUGCCGGUCGGUCAGAUUAUUUUUAUGAAUUAUAAUUAUUAUUAUUAUUAUCUUUGAUGUGAUAUGUGAACUUAUUUUUGUUUUCUCCAACAUCAGGGCAUAUUAAAACAUUACAAAUAA